ACAAGGAAGUGUGAUAAAGAACAGUGUUAAGCUCCAUAACCAUGUUGAAGUUGCUUUUAUGCUCAGCCUGCCUUCUUUACCUAUCCAGCCAGAACUGAAAACGAAUGGGGAUUGAAUUGCUUUGCCUGUUCUUUCUAUUUCUGCAAAGAACUAACAAUGUACAAGGAAGUUGUAUGCUGGAGAGUGUGGUGACUUGUGAAGAUUGUUUGCUCUGUGGACCCUACUUUGCUUGGUGUUUUCAAGAGAAUUAUACUGACUCCUCUGGGAUUGCUGGAAGGUGUGAUAGUCCAGAAAAUCUUCUGUCAAAAGGAUGUCAGUUGAAUUUCAUUGAAUUUCCCAUUUCUAAAGUAGAAAUCCAUAGAAACAAGCCUCUUAGUGUAGGAAUCCAGAAAAAUAACUCUGACAUCACACAGAUUUCUCCUCAAAAGUUAACCCUUAGAUUGCGACCAGGACAUGAAGAAACAAUACAGAUCAAAGUUCGCCAGACUGAAGAUUAUCCAGUUGAUCUCUAUUACCUCAUGGACCUUUCAGCUUCCAUGGAUGAUGAUUUGAACACUAUAAAGGAAUUAGGUUCAACCCUUUCCAAAGAAAUGUCAAAACUGACAAGUAACUUCAGACUGGGCUUUGGGUCUUUUGUUGAAAAACCAGUUUCACCAUUCAUCAAAGCCACUACUGAAGAAAUAAAAAAUCCUUGCAGGAGUGUUCCACGUGAUUGUUUACCCACCUUUGGAUACAAACAUGUUUUGCCAUUAACAAAUAAUGCCCAAAGAUUCAAUGAAAUUGUGAAAGAACAGAAAAUCUCUGCUAAUAUAGAUGCUCCAGAGGGAGGUUUUGAUGCAGUUAUGCAGGCAGCUGUUUGCAAGGAGCAAAUUGGGUGGAGGAAUGACUCUUUACAUCUACUAGUUUUUGUGAGUGAUGCUGAUUCCCAUUUUGGAAUGGACAGUAAACUGGCUGGAAUUGUUAUUCCAAAUGAUGGAAAUUGUCACUUGGACCACAACAAUGAAUACUCCAUGUCAACAGUUUUGGAGUAUCCAACAAUUGGACAACUUAUAGACAAGCUUGUGCAAAACAAUGUCUUAUUAGUUUUUGCUGUAACCAAGGACCAAGUUCCCUUAUAUGAGAACUAUGCAAACCUUAUUCCUGGAGCUACUGUUGGACAACUUAAGGAAGAUUCUGGCAAUAUUCUCCAGUUGAUCAUUGGUGCAUAUAAGGAGCUACGAUCUGAAGUGGAGCUGGAGGCAUUUGGUGACACAGAAGGACUCAAUCUCUCUUUUGCAGCUCUCUGUAACAAUGGUACCACUUUUUCAAACCAGAGGAAAUGUUCUCAUAUAAAAGUAGGAGACACAGUCUCCUUCAAUAUGACUGUGAGUCUACCUACCUGUGAGAAAAAUAGGAGACAUAUUGUAAUAAAGCCGGUGGGUCUGAGUGAUGCCUUGGAAAUUGAUAUUCAGCCAGAAUGCAGCUGUAACUGUCAGCAGGAGGCUGAGAUGAACAGUUCCAAAUGCAGUGAAGGGAAGGGUUCUUAUGAGUGUGGGAUGUGCGUCUGCAACCCUGGCUACAUGGGUCCUCACUGUGAAUGUGAUGAAAACUCCCUGAGCACAAGCUUGUGCAAAGGCUCUCCAGAGCAAGCCUCCUGCAGUGGGAGAGGUGACUGCUACUGCGGGCAGUGUAUUUGUCACCUCUCAAUGUAUGGAAAUAUUUAUGGGCCAUACUGUGAAUGUGAUGAUUUCUCUUGUGUGAGAUUUAAAGGACUGCAAUGUGGAGGCAAUGGUGACUGUGACUGUGGUGAAUGUAGAUGCCACAGUGGAUGGACUGGUGAAUACUGUAACUGCACAACUAACACUGACUCCUGUGUUUCUGAGGACGGUAUUCUGUGCAGUGGAAGAGGUGAAUGUAGUUGUGGAACAUGUGUUUGCACACAUCCUGGGACCUCUGGUAACACAUGUGACAAGUGUCCUAUGUGUGGUGACCUUUGCAGUUCCAAACGGAUCUGCAUUGAAUGUUAUUUGGCUUCUGAUGAACAGUUACAAGGAGAAUGUAGUGAAAAAUGUAAAUUGGUUGAUGCAACUGUCAGUACUGCAGAAGAGUUCUCAAAGGAUAAAUCCAUUCCCUGUGCUAUACAAGGUGAAAAUGAAUGUGUUACUACAUUUCUAAUGACCAUGGAUGAACAGGGAAAGACAAUCAUUCAUAGCAUAAAGCAGAAAGAUUGCCCACAACCUCCAAAUAUUCCCAUGAUAAUGUUGGGUGUUUCCCUGGCUAUCCUUCUAAUUGGCAUUGUUCUACUUUGUAUAUGGAAAUUGCUAGUGUCAUUUCAAGACCGAAAAGAGGUUGCCAAGUUUGAAGAAGAAAGAUCAAAAGCCAAAUGGCAAACGGGAACAAAUCCACUGUACAGAGGCUCAACAACAACAUUUAAAAAUGUAACCUACAAGCAGCAAGAAAAGCAAAAAGUGGAUGUUGCUGCAGAUUUCUCCUAGCACUUCAGACACUGAAAAAUUAGUUUUACUGACAGUAAAUAUGCAAGCACUAUUUCAUUUUUAUUUCAUUCUACCUGAUGAUGUGGACAUUUCUUAGCAAUGCAUUCAUAGUGAGAUAGUAAUUCAGCUAAGGCAAGUGUAGUCUGCCAUCAUUGGGGAUACUUCUGUAAUUGCUAUAGUGUUGAAAAUUAAAAAGACAAAUAUAAAGACACAUUUUUAACAUUAGGGUCAAAAAUAAAUCUUUAAAAAAUGCACCAAGGUCUGUAAUUUGCUCCGCAAGAAACAGGAUAAAAACAAUCAGUCUUAGUAAGCUGAUUUUUCUGUGAGUCUAACUUCUUUUUAUGAUGAAUUUUAUUCCAUUAUGUCCACUGUAUCAAUACUACAUAUAUAUGGUACAUACAAUCUGUCCACUCUGUUGGCUUCCAUAAAAUGAAAGACUGGAAUUUAUAAAUGAUAGGAUUAUAAUGCCCAUUUUAGCUAUGGGUCAGGAGUUCUUGAUACCAGACUGUGGGACUGAUUUUUUUUUCACCAGAAACAACUGGAUUGAUAGGCUAGUUUACAUAAAUCCAAAUUUUAAAAAAUUUUCCUCAUCCUCUUUGACUUUACAUCUUUCUUUGCUUCUUCCUCUUCCUUCACAUUAGGUACUUCUACCAUUUAUAACCUACUUAGGCACUCAAAAUAAGCCUAUAUAGUGUAUAAGCCUAUCUGUAAACCCUCAGCACACAAGAGAAUUCCAUUCAUGCAGCACAGAUGCUGUGUCAUGCCCACAGGUAUAAGUACUGUGAUAGUCCUACCUCAGAAGAUGAGAUAUUUCAGUCCCAUAGUGGCCUAGUAUUUUAUCUUACUGUUUGACUUAUUCCAGUGCAAGAUCACAGAUUUGGCUCAUUUUGUCAGUUUCAGGAUAAAUGCCUAAUAAUUAUUAAUCCCACUUGAUAUUCACUUCAGUGACAUUAAUGAGGAUUUUAAAAAUUCAACUUAAACUGCAGUUAUUAACUACUUGCCAUAAAUCCUUAGUCAGAAAUGCUGAUGGUAUACACAGUGCUAAAAAAAUGGCUGAUCUGAUGGCUUAUAAAAUGAGACAAGAUUUUUUGUUUAACUGAAAUUUCUGUAUUUACCUUGAUAAUGAUUUCCUCUGAAAAAUGGUUACCUUCUGGAAUCCACAGCGCACUUUCAGAAUGCUGAUUUAUUUUACAACAGAUAUAUAUUCAGUCUGAAAACAUAUAUUCAAAAAACCCUUCUAAUAUACUGAACAGCUGUGCAGGUUCCCUAAGGUAUAUCAAGCUUUUGGUUGCAGACUGACCAUUUUCAAAUAAAUAUUUAUUCCUGAAGAUGGAGUAAAUUCAGUCUUCUUUGCCUAUUGCUGCACUGGGAUGGAGUAAGAGUACUAUCUCAGAUAGCUGUGACCCAAACCUCUUUUUAGGAGCUGAGCCAAAGUUCAUGGAAGUCAGUUAGUAUGGAUGAGUCUCUGAGUUUAUUUACUUAUAAACUUAUACAUAUGUAAUAUCAAAAAGGAGGGCUGUUGAGGUUAUUUCAAUUUGAAUUUCAAAACUCUUUGUCAGCAGCUUUGAUCAAAUUGAUCUGAUCAAAUUGUUGUACUUUAGUACCCAGACUUUAGACAAAAUAAUGUUUUAGAAGAGUGUGGCUUUGAAGAUUGCAGCACGUGUACUUCACUCUAGUUGUUAAAAUCCCCAUUCCUUCUCCCUCAAAUAAUUACAAGGAAACUAUUGGUAAUGACCUCUUUCUGUGUGAUUAAACAGUCUGGUUAACAUUGUGCAACACUGGACUAGGCUCUACAAUAGAUAAUUGUGUAAGAAGGCACAUAGUUAAAAUCAAAUGCCUGUGGAAUGAAGAUGAGAUAAUAUAACGAUUUAAAAAAUCUAAAAUGACUGUAGAGUAAACAUGUAAAUUUAGUUACUGAAACUAGAAAGUUAAUUAAUUAUGUGUACUCUUCCAUACUUUUACAUACCUUGUAGAAGCAUGGGUCUACAGUCAUUUAACUCCUCUCAGGGUCAGGGGAAUUUACACAGAACACCAAAUCCUACUUCCUUAACCAUGUAAAUAGUCCCAAUAGGCACAUCUACACAUUUGCUUUAAUGUGCAUUAACCUAUUUUAAUGUGCAUUAAAGCAUCUCUAAAAACCAUGCUAUUUGGUUAAUGUGCAUUAAGACAGGCUAAUGCACAUUUUUCUAGUACCUCACAGGCAUGUCUGCAUGUGUAUGUGCCAUAAUUAUAGCACGUUAAGUUUAGUACUUGUGAACACAUUUACACAUUCUCUGGGUACGGGUGGGGGAGACAGCAGCACUUUAAUUACAAUGGUUCUGAGAGCCGCUCUAAUUAAAGCAUCACUGCAUCUCCCAUAUCAACGUCCUGACACUUAAAAAUGGUGGUGGGGGCACAUGAACUAAAGCUAAUACAGAAGUAAUAUCUAUUUGACCUUUACAUUAAUCUUGGCCCUAUUAAAGCCAAUGACAUAAUUCCUACUGAGUUUAGGGAGCUACGAUAUCACUCACUGGGAAUGUCUACAUGUGCAUUAGUGUGCUUUAGUUAAUGCUCAUUAAAUCUAAUGACUCCGUGGUAGGGCACAUCUACAUGAGAUGCUAGAAGCACAGUAGACUAAUUCUACUGACCAUUAGAGCAUCAUGGUGAAAGCUGUGCUAACACAUAUUCAAUGAGCUUUAGUUCAAGCAUCCACGCCACCAUUUUUAAGCACCAGGACACUGAUACAUGAGAUGCAGGAGGCUGCCGGAGCACAGCAAUUGUCAUGCUCCAGCAGACUUGAUUAACUGAGUCUGCUCUGAUACGCUGGAAUUCCAGUGCAUCAGAGCAGCCUCCAUAGUUGUAUAUAGCUGCUCUGUAAUAAUAGGUACUAACAAUGUGCCAUAAUUGGCACUACUGCACAGUAGCUUUGGCACACAUCUUUUAUAUGACAAUAAUGCUCAGUAGACUAAUUGUACUGAAUGUUAGUGCGUUAGCACAGCUUUCACCAUGAUGCUCUAAUGGUCAGCAGAAUUAGUCUACUGUGCUUCUAGUAUCUGAUGUAGAUGCACCCUACCAUGGAGGUAUUAGAUUUAAUGAGCAUUAACUAAAGUACACUAAUGCACAUGUAGACAUUCCUAGUGAGUGAUAUCCUAGCUCCCUAAACUCAGUAGGAAAUGUGCCUUUGGCUUUAAUAGGGCCAGGAUUAAUAUAAAGGUCAGAUAGAUGUUACUUCUGUAUUUUUAAAAAUUAAGCGCUCUUUUAAUGUUCUAAAAAAAGAAGUCAGCAACCUUUUUCAAGCCAAGGGAUGAAACAAUCUGGUUCUGGUCUGAUGCAGUUCAGGGGCCUUUGUAUACACCACAGUUUUUGCCCUUUCUUGCGCUGCAGCAGUGUGACUGUUUUCAAGAGUGGAUUUUCCAGAUGCUUUAAAAGUCUUUCUGGUGCAUUGAAGUAAAACUCCUUGGACGUAGUUUAGUUUGGCUUGCCACAAAUUAAAGCAUCAUGUCCAUGGAUUCAUUGUAUGCAAAUACAAAGGCAUUCAAAGACCUGUAAUGAACCUCUUUGUCCACCAGAUGGCAUUGUGGCUUUUGUAGUUCACCCUUUUGAAUUGCUUCUGCUUUCAAAUUCCUUCUGCAUUUUUUUUUUUCUUGUGCCAUAUGCCAGUUCCAUGCUCCCAUAGCUGCAUGGCAGGGCAUGGGGUGGGAGGUACCAGCCCCCGGGGGGCAGCAAUGGACCGUCCCGCUCUCCCGCAGCACCAGCCAGGGACCGGGCUUAAUUUGUUCAAAAACCAAGUGCGUGCAAACACUGAUGCAAUGCUCCACAGCUUAAUUCGUUCAAAGACUUAGUGUGUGCAAACACUGAUGCAACACUCCAAAAUACAUAAGUUUAAAUUUUAUAAACCUAUUUAAUUUAAUGAGGAUUAAACCCUGUGGCAUGUACAGGCACCCCAAGUGGCUACAUUGGCUACCAGUGGCACAUAAGCUACGGAGGAGGUGGAUGUUUUCCCUGUGCUCUUGUUGGAGUCACACAGCUGGGAAAUGCACCCAUGUUGCUGCUUGUUCUCCCAGUCCCUCCUUUUCCCUCCCCCACCCAGUUUACCAGCUGCGGUGUGAACAUAGCUUUUAACUGGAGAGAAGCUGUGCUGGGGCUGGGCUGGGUAUGGAGGGUGGAAGGAAGGAGCAAUACCGAUGUGGAAGCAUCUUCCAGGUUCCAGCUCCCUGCCCCCUGUGCAGCUCCCUUAUGGCUGGGAGCUGUGCUCACAGUACUGCUGCUUCUCCCCAGCUGUGCUGAUUCAAGCAUAACUUCUGCCCAGAGCAGAGCUGUGCCAGAGCCAGGGAGGUGGAAAUUGCUUCCAUGCUGCUUCUGUACCUCUCUAUCCCCAACCCCUCUUCUAUUCGGCCCAGGUCCCUGUGCAGCUCCACUCCAAGUAGAUGAUGUGCCCACAUCACAACCUUGAGGGAGAGUUGGGUAGAGAGAAGCAACAGCAGUGCAGGCACAUCUUCCAGCUCCCUGACUGCUCAGCCCCAAUGUGAGCACAGACAUAAGCAGAGCCCUGCAGCUCAGUAAGCUGGAUCUGGCCCAUGGGCUGUAUGUUGUCAGCCCAUGUUUUAAAGAUUAAAAAUCACUAUUGCCAUUGGCAUUGAUUAACCUUUAGCAAAGAGGCCCUAAAUUUGAAUGGCCCUAGAGGACUUUACUAUCAUAAUCAUUCAUCAGUAAUUCUCCAAGCCAGAGCUGAGGCAAUAAAUUUUGUGCCUAUACUGUACUGUUUUGUGCAUCUUCUACCAUUCAAAAAUCAGUCAAAUUCCAAACUGCAUAAAAGAUUCAUCAUAAAGAGAAAAUAACUAAUCUCAAGGGAAGAACAUUUUCAAAUUAUUAAGUGCCAGCAAAGAAAUGAGCUCUGUUGUAAUAAGGCAUUGUUCAAAUGCAAUAAUAUACAGUCCCAUGCCUGACAAGCUUACAGUUCGUAAGAAACCCAUCAAGUGGAGAUCAUGUUGGAACCUAUUUUUAAAUUAAAUUUGAGUUGCAGGCUAGUUAGGCAGCACAUAAUCUAGUGGCAUUCACACACAGCCUGGAAUGAAGCUUAUCUUUUUAGUUAGAUUAUAAUAUUUGUUAUUGUGAAGAUAUUUUUAGCACACUUUUAACAUGAGUUUUAUUUCCUUUCAAAUUGUAUAUUUGUGUGUGGUGAGUGGGAUGAAAGUGUCUUUCUGCUGUUUUCAUGGUUAUUGUUUUGACCCAAGGCUGGACCUUAAGAAAGGCCAAAACACUGUUAUAGAAAUACUUCUGUUCACUGAAGAGUUAACUAAAUAAAAGAAUGUUCAUCAGCAA